AUGUCGACGUACCUGAAGAAGCCGUCCCCGUACACCACCGUCUCCCUCAUCGUCCUCCUCCCUCUCACCCUGAUCUUAUGCUUCACCUUUCUCCUUCCGCUGUCCGCCUACUUCCGCAACCCGCUUGCCACGGCUAUGGCUACAACUACCAGCGCCUGCGUCGGCACCACCGCCGGGGCCGUCCGCGCUGCGCCAGCAGCAGCAGCCGUGGACGACGUCGGCGACGGUGUCGGUAGCCAGCGCCCGGCCCCGGCGGAGCUGAUGAGCGUCCUCGUCGGUGUGCACACCAUGCCCGGCAAGCACUCCCGGCGCCACCUCAUCCGCAUGGCGUACGCGCUGCAGCAGCAGACGACGCCCGCGCUCCGCGCCGCGGCGCGCGUCGACGUCCGGUUCGUGCUCUGCUCGCGCCCGAUGCCGCCCGAGCACCGCGCGUUCGUGGCGCUCGAGGCGCGCGCCUACGGCGACGUGCUGGUCCUCGACUGCGCCGAGAACGCGGAGGACGGGAAGACGUACACGUACUUCGCCAGCCUGCCCGCCAUGCUCGGCUCCGGCUCCGGCUCCGGCGGCGGCGGCGGCCGGCCGUACGACUACGUGAUGAAGGUGGACGACGACACGUUUCUGCGGCUGGACGCGCUGGUGGAGACCCUGCGCUCGGCGCCGAGGGAGGACAUGUACUGCGGCGUGGGGCUCCCGUUCCACGACCGGGAGUUCCCGCCGUUCAUGCUCGGCAUGGGCUACCUGCUGUCCUGGGACCUCGUCGAAUGGAUCGCCACCUCCGACAUGGUCAGGAGGGAGGCCAAAGGUGUAGAAGAUCUGACCACAGGCAAAUGGCUGAACAUGGGCCACAAGGCCAAGAAUCGGGUGAACAUUUUCCCCAGGAUGUAUGACUACAAGAGUGCCAAAGCUGAGGACUUCUUGGAGAACACCAUUGGGGUGCAUCAGCUGAAGCAGGACAUAAGGUGGGCACAUACACUGGAGCACUUCAAUGUCACCCGGUUGGAGCCCUCCAGCAAGCUACACAACUUCUAG